AUGGGCGACAAAUGUGAUAAAACUGCAGCCGAAACUGCUGUCAAAAACAGUCCCUUACAUCCUGUUUAUACUGUCACAAAUAUCCAGCACAAGGUGCGUGUGCUGGACGGCAAGAAAGUGUCCUACUCUUCAUGGGUUAAACUCUUUCAACUACAUGCAGAAGGCUAUGAAGUUUUAGCCCACAUCGAUGGGACAGAUCGCCCAUCCAAAGACGAUCCGACUUAUGCUUCCUGGAAGAAAAUUGAUUCCAUUGUUUUACAAUGGAUCUACGGUACGCUAGACGAUGAUCUCCUAAUUCGCGUCCUCGAAACUGAAUCAACAGCACUUGAGGCUUGGAACUGUAUUAAACGGAUUUUCCACAACAAUAAGGGCCCACGGGUGGCGGCUCUUGAACAACAAUUUGUCAAUCUUAAACUACGUGACACCGCAUCCAUUGCUGAAUAUUGUCAGCGGCUCAAAGACAUAGGUACUCAAUUGAAUGAUCUUGAUUCCAAAGUCGAUGACCAGAAACUGGUACUUCAAAUGGUGCGUGGAUUACCGGCCGAAUACGAUAUCACAGGUGCUCUUAUCAUCCAGCAAUUACCAACUUGGGAAGAUGCGUGCAACAUGUUACAGGCGGAUCAUGACCGACAAGCCGCAAGAGAACCCUCGCCUGUUGUCGCUGCUACUGUGCAGGAAGAUAACCCUCAGCAGGGCCGACGCCCUUACUCGAACAACCGCUCGGAUCCAUCUCGUGGUGGCUCACGUAAUGGCAACCAUCAUGGUGGAUCCGGACACCGCAAUAACUCCGGUCAGGGCACCUUCAGAACUGGAAAUCAGUGGGGAUCUCAGCGGCACUCCCAUGGCUCCUCUAACUCUCAGUCCAGGAACUUUUACCCUUGCCCCACUAACUCUGGCCCAGCACCAUCCUGGCCCAACUACUGGAACAUGCCACCCCCGCCACCAUGCCCAUACCCAACCCAACCAGGUUGGGCCCCACCGCCUUGGGCCAACCCGUCGCACUCACCAAAUGGCCCAAAUAACAACAACUAUACCCACCAGUCUCCUAAUACCAAUCUAGGCCCAACAGCACAGGCUCACUUCACUGAAUACAAUGCACUGGAUCCCACUGAUUUAAGCGAUGCCUUCUCCAACAUGCAGGCGACCGAUAAGGAUGAUCAGGUUCAGCAUACGGCGUUUACUACUAUGCACGCUGAGAACAUGGAUGCAUUAUGGCACAUGGAUACUGGCGCCACCACUCAUGUCACCGGUGAUGCAGGAUUUCAAGACUGGGAAGAUCAUAACGAGGCUUGA